CCCUACGCGGGCGAUCACUCUACGCGCAGCACAGCACCAGCCCAAGGCUCACAAUCCCCGACAAUGUAAGAAGAGCAAGACCCCCUGGGGCCACUGGGCCACAAGAGGGCAGUAGAGAAGCGGAGCGCAGCCGGAAGUGGGACGUGCACAGGAAGUGACGCAAGGGAGAGUGACGGUAUGGCUCCACCCCCACGCUGUGACCUUCUCAACAUGGCGCCCACUGGGCUCUUGUGAAGGUGGAGCUGAGAGCUGCGGAAGCCAAUGGCGGACCGCGAGAUGCGGUGGGGCGGGGAGAACAGUUGCCUUACGUCCAACCCGCGGCUCGGGAGGAGGCUGGGGAGUGAAUUUUCUGGAAGGCGGCUUUAAAGGCGUGGGACCCGAGCGAAGGGCGUCUAGGUGCUGUCGUUGCCUCGUUGCCAACGCCCUGGUCGGGAAGGGCGCCUUAGUGGCAGGAAGCGAGCUGCACCGAGGUCGUUGCGGAAUCAGCUGGUGACCCUGCAGGAUGAACCACAAGAGCAAGAAGCGGAUCCGCGAGGCCAAGCGGAGUGCGCGGCCGGAGCUCAAGGACUCGCUGGAUUGGACUCGGCACAACUACUACGAGAGCUUCCCUCUGAACCCUGCGGCCGUGGCGGAUAACGUGGAAAGGGCAGAUGCUUUACAGCUGUCCGUGGAAGAAUUCGUGGAGCGAUACGAAAGACCUUACAAGCCCGUGGUUUUACUGAAUGCCCAAGAAGGCUGGUCUGCCCAGGAGAAAUGGACUCUGGAGCGCCUAAAAAGGAAGUACCGCAACCAGAAGUUCAAGUGUGGAGAGGAUAACGAUGGCUAUUCGGUGAAGAUGAAGAUGAAAUACUACAUUGAGUACAUGGAGAGCACUCGGGAUGACAGCCCCCUUUACAUCUUUGAUAGUAGCUAUGGUGAACACCCCAAGAGAAGGAAACUUUUGGAGGACUACAAGGUGCCCAAGUUUUUCACCGAUGACCUAUUCCAAUAUGCAGGGGAAAAGCGGAGGCCUCCUUACAGGUGGUUUGUCAUGGGGCCACCACGUUCUGGAACUGGGAUUCACAUUGACCCUCUGGGAACCAGUGCCUGGAAUGCCUUAGUGCAAGGCCACAAGCGCUGGUGCCUCUUCCCAACAAGCACCCCCCGGGAGCUCAUCAAGGUGACCCGAGAAGAAGGCGGGAACCAGCAAGAUGAAGCCAUUACAUGGUUUAAUGUUAUUUAUCCCCGGACACAGCUUCCAACUUGGCCACCUGAAUUCAAACCCCUGGAAAUCUUACAGAAACCAGGAGAGACUGUCUUUGUCCCAGGAGGCUGGUGGCAUGUUGUCCUCAAUCUUGACACGACCAUUGCCAUCACCCAGAAUUUUGCCAGCAGCACUAACUUCCCCGUUGUGUGGCACAAGACGGUAAGAGGAAGACCAAAGUUAUCGAGGAAAUGGUAUAGGAUCUUAAAGCAGGAGCACCCCGAGCUGGCAGUCCUAGCAGAUGCUGUUGACCUCCAGGAAUCCACAGGCAUUGCCUCCGACAGCUCCAGUGACUCCUCCAGUUCCUCCAGCUCCAGCUCCUCGGACUCGGACUCUGAGUGUGAGUCGGGGUCAGAAGGCGAGGGGACAAUGCACCGCAGGAAGAAGAGGAGAACAUGCAGCAUGGUGGGCAACGGGGAUACCACCUCACAGGACGACUGUGUGAGCAAAGAGCGCAGCUCUUCCAGGAUUAGGGACACAUGUGGAGGCCGGGCUCACCCCUGAGCAAAUAAAGAGACUCCCUGAGGUGGCUCUGUGUGAGCUGUUGGCAGCCACCCAACUCAGUUCUCACGUCUUCUGCUCCUACUUCUUUGUGUUCUUUGAAUUUGGAUCUCCCUUCUCUGGUCCAAGCUCCUGUCCGGUCAGAUGCUGGUUUUACUGCUUGCUAAGACUAGAUUACCAAGAAGUUUAAAAGUUCGGCCAGCUCAGUGAAACACUGACGCUACCAUGACGUUGGGUAAGAAAGUUCUAUCACCUUUUGUAAAACCACGCGAGUGGACCCAGAGGCUGGAGGGGUGUCUGUUCCCCUCCCUGCUCGGUAAGGAACGGUGGCUGCACCAGCAGAGAUCCCGGGCAAGGCAAGUGCACUCAGACCUAUGAGGGCAGCAGCCAUGCGCAAGAAGCCCAAGAGUGUGCGCUGCCCUCCUGGAUGGCGCCGAGCCAAGGAUGCAUGCAGAGGCAGAGACCCGCUGUGUGCCUGGCACCAUCACCCGCCGCUCAGGACUGCCUCAGCAGUCUUCAUCUUUCUCUGCACUCAGGCUGCGAAAGUUCAGGGAUGUUUGGUGUGGUGCAUUUUGGGGUAGGGGUGACACCAGCUUGCUCACAGGGCAAGGAAGGUGCUGAGUGUGUUUUUAUCUCAGAAAUUCAGUUAUAAACAGACCAUGUUCCAGCAGCCCAUUCUCCCCACCUCUGUAAGGGACUUUGUCAUAUGAGUGUCCGACAUUUGCGUUACACUCAGAAGAAGGGUGACAGACUGUGGGUGUUUUGGCAAAGCUCUGGUGGAAAACUUGGGGAUUGACCAGCAGAUGUGCUGUCUCGCCCUCUAGAUUCACCUGCUUGCCUUAAUCUGUCUCUAAAUUCAAGAAAAAUAGGUUGUCAUUCCCUGACUCGGGUUGUGCACCUUUGCUCUCGGAGGCAGGUCCUGAUUUCUUCAUCUCGGCUUACUGCACCCUGAACGCCCAGCCCAGCAUGGGACUGGGUUAGGGAAACCUCCCUGAAGGGUGCAGCUCCCAGUCAAGUGUGGCCUUCCCUCCCUCAGCGGCAGCUCCCUGGGCCUCAGGUGGGCCAGGAUGUGCGUGUCUGGGAGCAGGUCAGGCCCUCAAAAGUUGGAGCGCUCUAGUAAUACUGAAGAUACUCAUCUUCAUGUUUUUGUUUUGGGGUUAUUUUGCCCCAUCCAAAUACUGGGGAUGGGACCCAGAGCCCACGCCAGUGAAGCACUGUACCGCUGGACUGCAUCCCCAGCCCCUUUGUUUUAUAAGAAUUCUCCACUGUGUCCAGGCUGGCCUGGAACUUGCCUCAACCUCUCUCAAAGCUGGAUUAGAGGAGUGCACAGCCUGCCCAGCGACGGCUCCAGCUUUUGACGACUUCUUGCCAUCUUUUAAAGAGUCUCCCCACUUCCCUUGCUAUGGAGGUAUCCUACUUCCUCUUAAACUUCAGCCGAAAGAGGGGCUCUUUGCCACCAGGGGGCGCAGUAGGACAUGUUGCCAGUGACCUGGGUGAUGGAGCACAAAUUUGAAACUGAAAACUCAAGUUUCCCAGUUCUUCAGAUGCUAGAGAUGCUUCCUGGUUGCUAAACACCAGCAGGAAGGAGGGACCGGGCUGCAGUCCUCUCUCCUGACAGUGCUGGACAGCACAGAUUAUGUGAUGCUCGUGUCACCCUAUAACUAAUUACAGGGUAUUUUGUUUUAUUCAGACCAAGGACUCUGCACUCCACUGUGGAGGCAGAGUGAGGUGGGGGAGCCGGGGCACAGGUGUUCCGAGCUCCCAUCUUCUCUCCCACCUGGUCUGUGCACCUCCUUUGAGUCAAGUCCGCAGGAGGCAAGAGCAGGAUUCAAGGAGAGCCUAUUUCCAGGGAUUAUUCUCCAGAACAGCCACUGGUCUGAAACCCAAAGAGCUGUUUGUUGGAAAGGGAGUGUUGGAAGGCUGGGGAGGAGUGACAUGAAUAGGACCCAGGACAUCAAGAGGGCUCUGGGCCCCUGAAAAUGCAGCUCCCAUCAGGCCAGGAGAAUCCAGCGCACCUGCACAGGUGGCUCCAGGGUUGUUGUUUAGGGAUGCUGAGGCCAGGCUCUUACAGGGGACCCCCUAGGUAGGAACAUCAAUCACAGUCACAUUUUAUUCCUACACUGCCCACAGCUUAAUAAUCCGAGCAUACAGCAAAAGUUCUAGUGACAGUCAGGUGUGGUGACAUGCACCUGUAAUCCCAGCGCUUGGAAGGCAAGACUGCUCUGCAUACAGGAGAUAUGACAGGGACAAGCCUGGGUUCCUGAUCUUGUGCUUGCUGCUGCUGACCUUCAUAAGGGGAGGAGAUGAGAGUGUGCACACUUCACAGCCAAAACAAGUGUAGUCCUCACUAAACACAAGGGACCAGUUCCUCACGAAGGGGCAUGACUAGACCUACACCAGCAUGCUGCAUCUGGACAGUUUCUUUGUAAAGUAGCUUCUGGAGGCCUUUAAAUGAAAGUGCACAGCCAGUUGUCAGUGUGCUGUACAAACCCAGGACCCAGCCUUGAACCUAGGAUUUUAGACAGAAUGGGAUGGGGUGCCAGAGUCCGUCAGUGUUGUAGAAGUGCUGCCUAGAAGGAGCAUGUGAGACGCAGCUGUAGGCUCAUAGUUGUGUGUAGCUUUCCCCAGACCAGCUGCUGGGACGUGUGGGCUGGGACGUGUGCACUGAUUCUCCCAGUGGGUUUGGGGAGUUGGGCUUCUCCCUCUUGGCUUUUGUCAAAAUGUCCUGUUGAUGUUACAUUGUUUUCAACAAAACUAGAUGAAUAUAGCAAAACUAGAUGAACACAAAUUCAAUGUAUAAAUUUGGUAGUUCUCAGAUUUGUCUCACUGUUAGAUCAAAAAUGGGAAUCACCAAGGUGCCCUGUGCCCCGUCCCCCAGAAACCAGCCCUGUCCUGCUCAUCUCCACGGUGAUGGAAUCCACAGAACUUGGCUCCUGUAGUUGUCAAACACCAUGCAGUCUUGGUUCUGUGUCCCUUGUGUUGUCUGCCGAGAAAUGCCUGUGGGGUCUACCAUUGGGUUGGUAUUUUUUAACUUUCACUUAGAUGAAACUUGUUCCUUUUUAAAUAAAGCAACUGGAUUUGGG